CUCACACUCAAACUCGAAGGACUUUAGUCCUCUUUUCUGGAGCUUUUAUUCAAUUUUAAGCACAAGAACUGAUGAGAAGUCGCGUGCCGCCUGCUGUUUCACCCAAUGGUCCGAGUGCAAGCCAUGUAGCCACCAGUCCUGUGGGAAUCCCAGUACGCAGCUCAGUGUCCAGGCACCCAGUGGGAAAGGAUCUUCCUCCUCAUUGCCGCCGGCCUCCAUCACAGAGGAUGUAUUCAGUGACAACACCAGUGAUGAUCAGGAUGCAUCCUCUGUACUCAGUGACUACGACUGUCCCUGUGUGGACGCGGGCAGCAGCCUAGAGGACCUGCAGGGUCUCAGUUCCUCCCUCAGGGACUCAGAGUACUUCAAAGACCUGCAGGGAGAAUCACCAGCCUCACAGGCUGCAGCGUCAAAAGACACCUCUGCAUUCCCAGAGAGCAACACACAGAAAACUGAUAACUUACAGGAGCCUGUAAACACAAACAGUCAGACCAAAGACCAACUCACGGCUCUGACCACAAACUUCCUGCAGGUCAAUGCAACAUCAUUUCCUUCCUUUGAACAAUUUCCAGAUGAACCUCCCUCUGACUCUGUUGCCCAGCUCAGCCCAAAGCCACUGCUAGGUUGUGUCGCUGACGGCGAUGACUUCACUGCCUCUGCAUUCAGCCUCAACUGGACAGUUCAUCUAAAUGGACUGCUGGAAUCCUUGGGAACAGUGAAAGCAGUUGAAGAACUGGACGACGUAAAGGAGCAGGGCAAAAUGGAGAUGGAUGGAGAGCCAGACAUGGACAGCUUUCCGAUUCUGGUCAGAUCCAUGUCAACGUCUCGGAGGCACAGCUGGGGGGUUCCUCUAUCGCCCCUCAACUCUGGCAGGAGACUGAGUCUGGACACCGCAGCCAUAGACAGCGAUGAAGAUGGAGACGACGAUGAUGAGCAACAGAGCAGUCUUUUCCAGUCCACCCAGCAGCGGUCCGACAGCUUCUCAGCAGGAACCGGAGAUGAGCCAGAUGGUUUCAGUUUGAGGGUCAGCGGUGGACCAGGCAGGCAGCUGUACUCUCGAUCGGACAUCCUUGCCACCGAUGAAUAUUCCCGAGCGGCACACAUUUCCCGUGUCGUGCAGACCUCCAAACAGGCUGCCAGGGCAGCAGGAGUGGCAGAGGAGUUUGACCCAGAAGAAAACCUGCACUCAUCAGAGGGACAAAGCCAUAUAGCGAAGCACAGAAACAACAGCAGUCCAGACACCAAGAAUUCAGGAAGUGUCACUUGGUACGAGUUCCUCUCCAAUGCGAACGAGGAAGAAGAAGACAGAGCAGAGAAGGUUGAGAAAGGAACAAAGGUGAAAAGGACCCUCAGCUCCCUGAGGAGCAGGGUGACGGGUUCCUUCAAUAAAGACAAGGGUAAGAACCGGGAAAAAGAGCUGCAGAGAGCGAAGGAGAGAGACAGGGAGGCCAAAGAGAAAGAGAAAGUGUGCAGGACCAGCAGCAGGAACGGGCAUCAUUUAGUGCCAGGCUCCUUCUCCAGCUCUGCCACCUGCUCGCUGUGCAGCAAGAGUCUGCUGAAAAAGCAUGGAAUGCAGUGCAUGAAUUGUGCUGUGAACGUUCACAAGAGCUGCAAGUCUCUGCUGGGUGAGUGCACCAGCAGCAAGAAUAAGAGAGAUUUUCACUCGAGGGGCAGCGGGUCAGCAUCUCCUAGCCUUGUGCUGAAGUACCAGGACAGGGAGAAAGAUCAGGGAGGCAGAGAUUCGACUCAGGCUGCGGAUGGCCACCGAGGGUUUCCCGGCGUCCCAGGCAUGACCGUUAGCUUGAUUGGAGCCAGCACUCAGCCUUCAGCCAGCCUCAGCAGCAGCUUCGCCUCAGCCCCUGCCUGCAGCAUCGGCCCCAGCCUCCGUCACCACAGCAGCUCUGGAUCCCUCCCCGGAGACAUGGAUGAGAUAGAUGCUCUGCGCUCUAAACGUUGCAACGACGACGCCGUUUCUCUCGCACCUUCCAUCGCCGAGUCCAUCAUCGUAGAAGACGCUCACUAUGCAGCAGUGCGGGCCAACCUGGAGUCUGAUGCUCAGGACUUGGAGGCCGACUCCUGGAGCCUCGCGGUUGAUCAGCAUUAUCUGAAGAAACAUUCAAAAGACGUGGUGAAAAGGCAGGAUGUUAUUUAUGAGCUAAUGCAGACGGAGAUGCACCAUGUGAGGACACUAAAGAUAAUGCUGCGUGUGUACGUCCGAGAGAUGAAGGAGAACCUGCAGAUGGACUCGGGCAGACUGGACUGCCUUUUCCCCCGCCUGGAAAACCUUCUCGACCUUCACACACAUUUCCUGUCAUGUCUCAGAGAGCGACGGCGAGAAAACCUCGACUCACCCAGCGACAGGAACUACACUAUCAAUAGAGUGGCAGACAUCUUAAUCGCUCAGUUCUCAGGUGAAAUAGGAGAGAGGAUGAAGAACUGCUAUGGAGAUUUCUGCAGUCAUCACACUGAAGCGGUCAGCUUGUACAAAGAGAUGCUGCAAAACAACAGAAGGUUUCAGAACCUCAUAAGGAAAAUCAGCAACUUAUCCAUUGUACGGAGGUUAGGAGUGACGGAGUGUAUUUUGCUAGUAACGCAGAGGAUUACCAAGUACCCGGUCCUGGUGGAGCGCAUCCUUCACAACACUGAAGUGAACACAGAGGAGCACCAAGAUCUGACUCGAGCUCUGAGUCUGAUCAAAGACACCAUCAAAGAGGUGGACACCCUGGUUAACCUGCACGAGAAAGAAUCUCGACUCCGAGAUAUUCACAGCAAGAUGGAGCCGAAGACGCAGGGAAAGAUAAAAGAUGGCCGGGUGUUUCGUAGGGAGGACCUGGCUCAGGGCAGGAGGUGGCUGCUGCAUGAGGGAACCGUCAGCUGGAAAGCUGCCUCUGGCAGGCUCAAAGAUAUCCUGGCUGUUCUGCUGUCAGAUGUGCUGCUUUUACUUCAAGAGAAAGAUCAGAGAUACAUUUUUGCUACAGUGGAUAACAAGCCUUCAGUGAUUUCUCUCCAAAAGCUGAUAGUCCGGGAGGUGGCCCAUGAGGAGAAGGCCAUGUUUCUCAUUUGCGCCUCCUCAAAUGAGCCAGAGAUGUACGAGAUCCACACCGCCUCCAAAGAGGAGCGAAACUCUUGGAUGACGUACAUACGGCAAGCAGUCGAGAGCUGCCCUCACUCAGAGGAGAGGCUGUUCAGUGAGGAAGAGGAGGCUCGAGCUGCAAGGCUUCGAGAAUUUCAAGAGCGUCUGAGCCAGAGGGAUGCAGUGAUCGCUCAGGCUCUCACAGAGAAACUGCAGCUGUUCGCAGAGAUGGCAGAGUCCGUGGCGGGUCUGGAGGACGCGGCUUCUCGCUCAAAGCUGCUGCUCCGGGGCGACGCCUCGGACCUCCAGCAGGGGGAGGUGCUGCUCAAAGGAGCCAUCACUGAAGUGGAGAAUCUGCAGAACUUGUUGCAGGCUGGCGUGAAUGAAGAGGCUCCGGCAGCACAGGCGGAGGACGAGAGUGGAUCUGGGGUUCUGCCCAGGAGAGCAGGGACUUUCGGAGGCUAUGACAGCAGUCCUGUCAUCCUCUCCAAGAAUGGCAGCGUGAAGAAGAGCUUCUGUGGCGAGUCCAGGAACAGAGACAGGAGCCAAAGAGCCAGCUCUGACCCUCAGCUCAAAGGUCUCUGUGGAAGCCACACCCUGGAACAGACGGUGGAUCAGAGCUGCUCCUCUCCUCCGAGAUGGAACCGGAUCUGGUCCAACUCUUUCCCCGAAGCUGAGUUCUUUGACAAAGUGUUGAUGCUCUCCCAGAGACUUUAUAGCCUGCAGGCCAUUGUAUCUCACCAGGACAGUCAGAUUGAGCUGCAGAAGGCCUCGCUGACGGAGCGGGUGUCUCUGCCUGGGCGCAACAAAGGAAACGGGCUCUUGGAGCAGGAGAAACAGCGGACUUUAGCCUUGCAGAGAGAGGAGCUGGCCUACCUGAACAAGCUUCAGUCUCAGCACAGGCAGGAGCAGCAGCGCUGGGAGAAGGAACGGGAACGCCACCGGCAGCAAGUGGAGGCAACUGAGGCCCGGCUACGACAAAGAGAGGAGGAGUGCAGAAAACUAGAGGAGCAACUGGCUAAGGAGAAGGAGGAAUUGGACAGGCAGAGAGAGACGUAUCAGAAGGACUUGGAGAGACUGCGGGAGUCCACUAGAGCUGUGGAAAAGGAAAAGGAGCGACUGGAGUCCCAGAAGAAGAUGAAAAGGAAAACAAUUGAGGUGGCUCCGAUGUCUGGCAGUCUGAAUGGGGAUCUUAUCUCGUCCUCCGGUCUCAGCAGCUCCACCUGUGUCCCCGAGUUGCCCCACUCCCAGAAGCCCGUGGCGCGGGGAAGCCUCUCGGUGGCACAGGCCGACUACCCCGAGCGGCCUGAGCUCAUGCUCCGGCGGGACACGGGCUCCUCAACGCUUCCUCUCCCGCUGAAGACGGAGGUGCCGCUGCACCUCUUCAGCACCACCAACCAGCAGCACAAACCGGUCGGGGUGCAGCAGCAGAUCCCCACCAAACUGGCAGCGAUCAACAGUGGCAAAGGGAAAGGGAGCAAAAGUGGAAAAGCGUCACAUCGCACAGACAGCUCUGCCUCGGUGGACAUGAAGCAGAUGCUCCCCCUGAAACUGUCUGCGAGAGACGACAACGUCCUGAAGGCCAAACGCUCCAUCAGCCCCCAUCAGCCGCCCCUCCAGUCUCACUCCCUGCAUCACCACUCAGAUCAGCUGAGUCCAGAGCAGACUGGAUUAGACACACAGCCCACCUCCUCCACCAGCUCCACCCAGAAGCCCCCCAUGCAGGGCCUGCAGCCCCAUCCUCCUCCUCCUCCCGUUCAUCACCUCCACUCCCAGAGCGCAGACUCCCUCCCGUUCCAGCCCCACCUGCAGCCGCACGGCCUCGGCCAAAUCGCACAGGCCAACGCCUCGCUGAGCGUCCACGGCCUCGGCGUGACGCCGCCCUACAGCCUCCCUGCUGAGGACCUCAACAAGGAGGACGUCAUAUUUUUUUAAAGCCCCAGCUGCCCCAGGAGCGAGCACUGACCCCCCAGUCUGACCACAACUUAUUGCCGAGGCUUGCGUGGAGAAAUUUCCCUAACUUUUUAUUUGAUAGCAUUUGCAAAUCCGCAUUUUUAUCCAAGCUGCCUCUAAUAUUUUAUUUAACUUUUAGGUCUAUUUACUUACAAGUAAGGUAUCUUCAAACAAAGGAGUCCAGCGUUGAUUUAUUAUUUUAAUUUUUAUUAAUCCAAAGACGCAAAACACAUUUCUGGACAGGAUCUGACUGAAAGGAGAAUAGUGAAGCAUCGUUUUUGUUUUUAUUUUUAUUUAGAAGAAGUUCAGUUUGUGAGAAGCAAAACGUUCAGUGAAGGAUAUUUAUCGCUCUCUCCUGCUGGUCCCAGACCAUCAUGAAGCUUUUCGUCAGAAGUGAUUAAAAAAAAACUGCUUGAAGUUUCAUCUGCACACUGUAAAAAAAACAAAGCAAAACAAAACAAAAACAAAAACUCCUUUCCAAAAUAAUGAAGGGACAUUUUAUGGCGAAGACGUUGUAAAAAGUUGAUUGUACAGCUUCUAUGAUUGUAAAGCUUAAUUGCAUUUUUCGGUACUUGUCUUAAAUGUAAUUCUUUAAAAAAAAAAAAAAAGUAACACCAGUCUUGUCGCUGGUUUCGAAAGUUAACUAACAUUUUAUUUCAGCAAAAGGAGGGCUUGUUGUUUUUGUAAUAUGUGUAAAAAUAUGAAGUGAGACUCAAAGAACACACUUUCCUUAGAGUUGGAGAGUUUUUUUUCUUUGUUUUCCUAACGCUAACCUGCCAAUCUUGUUCUGCUUUGGUCGAAAUGAUUUCCAGAAUUGUGCUUAUAUAAGCGGCAAAAUUGCAAAACAUGGUCAAAUUUGAAAUUUCCCUUUAGUUUGCUUGAGAGGGUGAAGAAAGUAAAACGGUUCGGUUAAAAGACAUUCAGUUAUUUUUGACGUGUUGCAGGUAAAGACUGAAUCUGUUUGUCCUGCUGCUCGUGUUGAGUUUGCGCUGAGCUGUGUCUGAAAAACAAACAGUUCAUCAGAAUCGGAGGAUGAGCCGUCAGACGGUGCCCUUCAUAGUACAGCUGCUGUGAUCAUGGGUUAGAGGCUGAUUUCCAAUCUGAUUUAAAAAAAAAAAAAAGCUUGAUGUGCUCAUAUUGUUUCUCUACUCAGAUUUCAAAAGAAAUAUAAGAAAAUAUUGGGUGAAAAUAUAUUUUUCUGGCUUUUGACAUAAAGGAAGCAGAUUAAACAUUGGUGUAAAACAAGAUUUUUCUGUUUCAGACAAAAUGAUCAUGGGGUUUACAUUUUAAGCAAUCUUACUUUAUAUUAUAGGUUAUUAUCCAUUCUAGAUAUUUAGAUCCUUCCAUUAGUUAAAAUUUCUGAAAGACAUUGAUACAACCUUUAACAGCCAGCCUGGUUAAAAGCUCAAAAGUAUAAAAUCUACUUCCUUGAGUCUGUGAUUCUUCUACCACAGGCAUGUCUGAACAUGUUUUCUCUCCCUCUGAUUCAUUUUUAAUCACCUAAGUGGAACCAAAACUCAGUCGCCUUCACUUGUUGGCUGCGUUCACACUGAAGUGUAGUUGUCGCGACAUCCUGGUCGCUUUCAAGCAUGAAGUUUUCUGCUGGCUGGAAACUCAAACGUCAAACUGAUCACCAUUUCUGUUCUGGAGGGCGCUUUGAGAACUCAUUUUGAAAGAAGAAAUGGCAAUGGCUGCCUAAGUUUCAGGAGUUUCUCCUCUCUCAUUACUCGUGUGAAUGAGUGAGGAGAGCAUUAAAAGAACCAGAGCAUUAAAGGACGACCUAAAGUUUGUAUUUUGCAGCUGACUAUCAAUUUCAAAGUUAACGCACGAAACUGUUUUGAGUUUGUUUCACUGGACUCUGCUUCACAUUUGAAGGAUUGAAUGUUAAAAGAUGUGCAGAUGAUGCCUAUUUGUCUCGAGGAGAAAAUGUGGAGCUUUCCAUUUUUUAUUUUUUAACUCUUUGCAGACAGACUAAGCUCAGUAGGGCGACCCGGAGCGGCUUAUUUUAUGUCCUGUAUAUUUUUAUACAUAAUUUACGUGACCUACGGCAUUAGCUGCCCUCCUGUUGCUUAAUUUGUUCAUUUGUCACAGAUCAGGUUGUAAAAAUCCAGCAGAAGUCUGUUUCUGUGUACACUUCACACACACCCACGCAUCUGUGUAUGCUGAGUACGGUACACCUGUGGACGCUCUCGUCUGUCGAUAAAACCAUAAUUACAUGUUGCUGUAAUUUAACUGAAAUUGAAGGCAUUUUUUUUUCUCUCUCUUUUCUCCUCACUUGUUUUUGUUGUCCGUACUAAACUCGAUGUCCGCUGCCUGUUGGCCCUCUGGUACAACUCAUGAUUGAGGUUUCACAAAGAUUAUGGAUCAGUUAAAAAUAUAAUUGUCUGCUCUCUUUUUUGUUUUUUAGUGGUUUGAACCAAAGACACAUUCGGCUGACUCUGUUCCUCUCUGUGCACACGCACGCAGGAUUGAAGACACCGUGCUCGUUCUGUGGUGAUCCACAAGGUUUAUUUACUUGCCUAUAAAAGAAAAUUCUUCAGGGAGUGUCCGUAGCAAUUGUUUACAACAUCUUGUAGUCCAGCUCACAUCCUGCUUUGGCUCUGGGUUUUUGGAAAACGUACGCUUUGCUUCCUCUACAGAUCACUCCUCAUCUUCACUGUAGACAUGAUGAUAAAGAACCGGUUGAAUGUUGGUGGGAUCAGUAGGCAUGGGCUGGCAUGCUUCAUGUUUUAAGGUUUAAUUUCUGGUAUUAAAACAGAAGUGCAACCACUGUUUCUGCUGCUGCUGCAAUGAUCAGGAACAUUUACUGGCUUUAUAAGCAACAUGUUGGAACAGAAGUUGCAACUUGCAACUCCACAGCCAACAGUGGCUCUUUGGUCUUUCCAUAAUGGCUGAAAUAGUGCAGAACCACGUUUUUAAUAUAUUUAAAAAAUACAGAUUUUAACAAGUUUUAGUUUUGUUUUUUUUAAUAAAUCCUUCAUUGAAUUUCCACAACAGAAGUAUCUAAUAUUUAUUAUUGACUCAUCAUUCUGGUUGAAACUGUUUUUGUUUUAUUUGCCUAAUUUUUUAUUAACAUCAACAUGCCACCUAAGAAAUGUAUCAAUCCAACUUUUGUAAAUGUUGUAUAGUUUUUCUAUACCUAAAGCCAGAAACAAGAUGGUGGUUCCUUAAAAAAAAAGACCUCCAAUUUUUCUAUAAUUCAAAAAUGAAGGUUCUGUGACAUCUGUGACCCUAAAGUUUGUUUUGCUGGAUGAAGGACAAAAAUGACUCCUUAGUAUGUAACGGUUGGAGACUCCUGAUAUAGAACAACCACCAUGUUUGUUUCCAAAUGCAAAUUGCCUUCAAAUACUACAAAUUUCUGCUCUUUAUAGAGUAUAACAAACAUUAUCAGCCGAAAUUGGCUGCUUAGUCGGGCUAUCUGCUCAUGUAGCCAGUCUGCUUGUAGCUUCACAACUGUAGUUUAAAACAGCAUUACCUUAAUAAGAGAUAAGUGGCGCUCAGUUUCCAUCCAAGCCCGUUAGUGACUUUAAAUACUUUCAAGAACUGAGUUAGUUUAAAAAAAAAUAAAUAAAAAAUGCUUUCUUUCAGCCAGCCAAUUAGGAGUGAACAACAAGUGGGGGAGGGGCUGCUCUUUACAGCUUGAGAAAACACCAUCACUCCAGCACUUUUUCUGGAAUCUUACUGAAAGGAUUUUAAGGUACGACGUCAAAUUGCACCUUUUUUUUUUUUCUUUAAGCCUAACUUUAUUUAUCAGUGCUAGCAGAAACCUGCCCAUGUCUAUUGUCCAGCAUUCUGGCUUUAACCUUUAAUGGUUUCCUGUCAGAAAAUGUCUGUAGACGUUUCAUGUGGUCGCUCACUCCAGGGUACGUUCAUAACUCUGCAGCAGAUGGAGGAACUUGUGCAGGAGCAAUUUAGCUUUGCUCCAGAGUUUCGCGUCACUCCUCAGCAGGUGCCACUGUUCUGGUCAAACAAAGUCUUAAACGUUGCAUCGCUGCACUCGGACGCUUGGUGUACUUGACUGUUGUAUAUUUCAGCAUGUGGUCAGUCGUGCCACUGUGUGUACAUGUAUGUUUUUGUCCGUCUGUGUGUGUAUGCGCGCUACAAAGAAGAAGAGGAAGCAUUUUAUGCACACUGGUUGGACCUGUAAUAUGUAAAUAAACACGCAAUAUAUUUUAUUUCCUCUGCCAAUUUUACACUAGUCACUUUGGAUAGUGACUAGUGUACUAGUCACUAUCCAAGUAGCAUACUUGAAGAGGAAAAUAAAUGAUUGUUUGUUUCAUGUAAACUUGUUUGUACCGACACUUAUGACCUCUGUAGCACACGGCUAAAAAACAGAUUUUUGUACUUUUCUUUUUCUUUCUUAUUCACUGCACCACAUUAGAGCACAAACUGCUGCCUUAGAGAGACCUAGUAAUAAAAAUCUCAAAAUGA